CACACAGACAGGGAAUUCGCUGUCAAGAGGGUGGAUGCCAAGAGCUGGAGAUGACCUAGAGGCCUUACAGAUACAUUUGUGCUCUUGUCGCUUUAAUCUGCAUCCGCAGAAAACGGCGAGAUCUAGGAGCACACUUGUUUCCUCCGCGGGUAAUAUCUACCUCAGCCAGCAGACGGGGGACAAACCAGCACGCAGCUCUGAGACUUCAGACCGGCAGACAGAGCCAACAGCUGGCCGUGCGCUCACUGCCUGCAGCUCUCCUGUUCUGUGAAGAGGAUUUAAGACGGACUGGAUCUGUCUGCCUUUUUGCUCCCACUUAAAAACAAACGGUCAAAUCUUGUUACUCCAGAAUUUAUUUGAUUUUUUUUUAAAAUAGUGGUUUCUUCUUUUUUUUCCCUUUUUGCUGUUGACCAGUGUGUCUUUUUCCAUGGAUGCAUUUUUUGCGUUUGGCUUUUAAACAAGUUUUCUACUUUUACUAGUGUAAGCUGGUUUAAAAUUAUACAUGUAAAUACAUAUGUGAAUGUUGUAUACUGUAUUAGGAGUAUUUUUCUCAUUCAGAAGGAAAGUUAAUGCACUUUAAACCUUUGCUGUGAUACUUUUCCUUCUCUGUUAUGGUUGUUUUUUUGAACCUGGAAAUAGAGAGGCUGGGGCGUGUCUCGUUCUCUAAGCUAACCAUGAAAUAUCUGCAGCCGGGCUGCAUGUAAACAUUUAACUCAGCCUGUCAGCGUUUUUUUUUCUUUCUUGCCACUUUACAAGGCGACACUGGGAUGAACCUCUGGCAGGUGGAAUCCUUGAGCUGUCUCUCGACUUAACUUGACCAGUUUAAGGACUUUUGGACUAAGUGUUUUUGUAAGACUGGCCCAGACCGCUUCGUGUGGAAAGCAAACUAGGGCAGACAGAAGCUUCCGGUGCUGUUGCACCACCUAUGUAUUGUUGUAGUGCACAGGAAAGUAAAAUGGACUACAAGCGUCGCUUUUUGCUUGGCGGGUCCAAGCAGAAAGUGCAGCAGCACCAGCAGUACCAGAUGCCUGAGCUAAGCCGGACCCUGAGCGCCUCUCUGACUUCUUCGCCAAUGGGCACUGGGGUGGGCAUUCCUGGCAGCUGCCACCCACCUUCCUCUGGCACCACAACCGCCGUUGCCGACAUCCAGCAAGGCAUCUCCAAAUACCUGGAUGCUCUCAAUGUGUUCUGCAGGGCCAGCGCCUUCCUUACAGACCUGUUCAGCAGCGUGUUCAGGAACUCUCAUUAUUCCAAAGCAGCUAUGCAACUGAAGGACGUGCAGGAACACGUCAUGGAGGCAGCCAGCAGGCUGACUGCAGCAAUAAAGCCAGAGAUCGCCAAGAUGCUGAUGGAGCUGAGCGUCGGGGCCGCUAAUUUUAAAGACCAGAACGACUUCAGCCUGCAGGACGUAGAGGUGCUGGGUCGGUGCUUCGUCACAGUGAUGCAGGUCCAUUUCCAGUUUCUUUCACAAGCGUUGCAAAAGGUCCAGCCUGUGGCCCAGAACUGCCUGGCAGAGGCUCUUGCUCAGGCUCAAGAGCGCUGCGUCAACGCCCGCUCCCAAAGCUCCGACCUGGGGCCCCUAACGGAGCUGGAAGAAGCCUCUCGCUCAUGGAAAGGUGCAGCUGAGGCCACAGCUCGGCUGAGAGAAAGAGGCCGGGACGGCUGCCUGGCUGGCCUCCAGGUUCAGCAGCUCUUUUGCUCCAACAACACCACCAUCCCUGAACACCAGCUGAAGGAGCUCAACAUGAAGAUUGACAGCGCUUUACAAGCCUACAGAGCAGCUCUGGAAAGCCUGGGCCAUAGUGAGUAUGCACUGAAGGCCGGCUUUCAUCUCAACCCUAAAGCUGUGGAGGCUGCCUUACAGGGCUGCUGCAAUGAGGCUGAGGCUCAGCAGGCAGGCAGGAGGCAGACCCCCUCCCAGCCCAUCCAGUGUGAGCUUCCCACCAUCCCUGUGCAGAUCGGCUCCCACUUCCUGAAAGGGGUCUCCUUCAAUGAGUCAGCAGCUGAAAACCUCAAACUGAAAACGCAAACAAUGCUUCAGCUCAUUAAAGAUCUGCUGGGACAGAACGGAAUGACCCCCAGGGACGAGUCUCCGGUCACUGAAGUCCUCAAUCAGGUUUGCCCAUCCAGCUGGAGGGGGGCCUGUAAGACGGCGGUCCAGCUGCUGUUCGCUCAGGCCGGUCUGGUGGUUGUUGAUACAGCUCAGAUUGAAAAUAAGGAAGCCUACGCUCCACACAUCACUCUGGAGGGAUCCAAGGUGGUGGUCCAGGUCCCCUCGACAUGGUGUCUGAAGGAGGACCCUGCCACUAUGUCCCUGCUCCAGCGGAGCCUGGACCCAGAGAAGACGCUUGGAUUGGUCGAUGUUCUUUACACAGCAGUGUUUGACAUGAACCGAUGGAAAGAAAGAAAGGAGCAGACUUUGCCGACAAUUCAGAUACAGCUGCAGCGGGAAAGCCCAGAAUACGUCGGCCAGGCAGACCUGCCUACAGGCAACAGCUCCAAAACCUCCAGCGGGUUGCCAAAAACUAUAUCUAAACUGACUUCCAAGUUUGCCAAGAAGGUCUCAUCCAGCUCCAACAGCGGAGGCAGCUACUCCAUCCCCAGCACUCCAUCCCGCAGCAUGCUUUCCAGUGGUAGCUCUGACGACAAGUCCAAAGGCCUCGGGCACAGCAACGGGAGGCUUCAGAGCGCCGUAACGAUGGGCGGCUUAUCCAGCGGCCCCGACGCCAACCAGCAGAACCAGCUGGCUAACGGCUCAGUGUGCGACGACCAGGGGAUGAACCUUCCCACCGACCAGGAGAUGCAAGAUGUCAUUGACUUUCUCUCAGGAUUCAACAUGGGCAAAUCCCAGCAGGCCUCCCCCCUGGUGAAGAGGAGGAACUCUGUGGCCUCUGCUAACCCUGCGGAGCUCAAGCCCCCAAGUGGUCAUCCACCAGCUUCCCAGUCUGUUUCUUACACAUCCAGCUCCCUGCCUCAACCUCAGCCUCCAUCAGUGCAGAAGCAGCAGACACAGCCUCAAUCCCAGCCCCCCCCACCCCAGCAGCAGCAGCAGCCUGCCCCUCCUCCUCCUCAGCAGCCCUCCCCACCUGCCCUGCAGUACUAUCAGCACCUGCUGCAGCCCAUCACCCAGCAACAGGCCCCACCUCCCCAGCAGACCCCACCGCAGGUUCUACCACAGCAGAGGGUGGCGAACAAGUGGCUCGCCACCUCAGGGCAACAGUCUGCAGCACAAGCCCCGCCGGCGGGCCUGUCACCCUUAGGCCCCAUCAACCAGUGGGGAUCCCCCGGGCUGCCGGAUCUGAGCUCGGACCUGUACAGUCUGGGCCUGGACAGCACCUACAUGGAGAGCGUUAUCUCCGCUAUGCUGGGUCAGAAGCCACAGGGGCCCCGCAACAACACCUGGCCCAACAGGGACCAGAGUGAGGGGAUGUUUGGAGUCCUGGGAGACACGCUACCCUUUGACCCUGCAGUUGGCUCUGACCCAGAGUUUGCACGUUAUGUGGCCGGCGUCAGUCAGGCCAUGCAGCAGAAACGGCAGGUGCAGCAAAUCCGUCGCCCCAGCAACACGCGCAGCAACUGGCCGAUGCCCGAUGAGCAGCACAGGACCUGGUCCCAUCCGGAGUACUUUAAUGAGGGGGAGGCCGUGAACAGCAGCUGGUCGGCUAACCAGGGAGAUUCGGCCAGCUCCAGCGAUGAGACGUCCUCGGCCAACGGCGACAGCCUGUUCUCCAUGUUUUCUGGGCCGGACCUUGUAGCAGCGGUGAAACAGAGGAGGAAACACAGCUGCGGCGAGCCAGAGGUGUGCACCCUGCCGUCACCGCCUCUACAUCACAUCAGCGACGAUAACCAGGACAGCAAAACCAAAACCUGGCCCCCGAAGGCGCCGUGGCAGCACACCACCCACACCAUGCCCAAUCCCAGCUCUUCCUUGUACCAGAUGAACCUGCCUCCUUCCUCCCAGUGGAGCGACUCCAUGCAGAUGCUGCAGUCCCCCGUGUGGUCCACCGCCGGCGACUGCUCGGCCUCCACCGGGAUCUCCUCCGGUUUCCCCUUCGCCCAACAGCAGCAGCAGCAGCAGCAGCAACACAAACCCAUGACCAAGGGCUUCAAAUCCUUCCCCAUCAAACCCGAGCACAGGCCCUCCUACCUUCACCAGUACUGAUCCAAACCAGUCCAAAGUAACGUGCCACUGAGGAUCUGCAGCUCCCAUCAUUACACUCCGCCACCCACUAAAAAUGGAAGAUUUAAGUACACACACUGGCUCAGCAUUUUCUCUUUUUUGUAUUUAUAUUUUUCCAUGUUAAACAUCACAUUAAAAGAAAAAGAAAAAAAAGCCGUUCUUUGACGAUUUCUGAACUGCCAUCUUCUAACUGCGAGCGACGCAUGCGUCCUACCAGAAGCCGUCAAGUCUAGUGGUGGUUUCUCUGACCAGAGCUGGAGACAUGCACGACCAUCACCAACUUGCUUCUGCAGCUGUGUAUGGGAUGAGGGGGCGCGUAAUGCCCAUAAUGAGUAUACUGUGUCUACAUAGCUGUAACUGCCAAAUCUCAUUCAAGAUGACCGAGUACAGCUAGCAUCUACUGUUUCAUAGCUUGUAA